GUGUAUUUAGUCUGUUGUGUUAUCGAAUCAACAUAACUUUUCUGUCAUGUAUGUCAAAUAUGUUUUUUGUUGUUUCAAUGUUUUCGUACAAAGCUUCAGAAAAACGAAUAAAAUAUCAGUUUUAUCAAUGAAACAUCAUUUUAUACUUAUACUAUAACAACCGCAACACCUUUCUAAACUAUUAAACAUGGAUGUUAAUGAAACUAGCGAUGUAGAACUAAGACAAUCACUUAUUUGCCGAUGCUGUCUACAAGGUGGUUGUUGUAAGAAUAUUUCAUCGGAAUAUUAUUAUUCUGGGGAAAUAGAGAAAUACGAUGUUAUGCUGAAAGAUACUUUUAAUAUACAAUUGCUUCACACUGAAAACCAGGCUGUCAACUUCCUUAUUUGUGAAGGAUGUAUCACAAGGUUACGAGAUGCAACCUCCUUUAAAAAUAUGGUCCAACAAAAUGAAGAGAAUUACAAGAAAAUUAUGGAAAGCUUUAAAUACAAUGAAAAAGGUUCCAAAAUGGCGGACAAUGAAUUGAAGAUUGAGGAUAUAAAAUGUGAGUCUCCGUUGAUGGAACCAGCUGAAGAAAGCUAUGAUGAUGAUGAAAUCCUCGCAAAUAUUAAAAUGGAGAUCACGCAAAACGACUCCAUUUUGAAUUCCGAAACGGGAAAAAAGUAUGCGUAUAAAAAGAAGACUAAAUUGAAAAAAUGUAAAAUUGAUUCCGAUAAAGGUUUAUCAUCACAUAAAGAUUGGUCAAAAAUACUCGAGAGACGCGGCAACGGUCCUAUACUCAGAGAAAACUCUUUAAAACUCCUUGCUAACUCAACUAUUUUCGUGUUUCAAUGGAAUAAGAGUCGCUUCCGGUGCUUCUGUUGCAAAGAGCCUUUUUGCGAUGUCGACGCUCUAAGGGAACAUACCAACACACAUACCUUAAAGUCAAUCGAGAAAAAAAUUAUCGACCAACAAAAUCGAUUAGUAAAAGUUGAAAUAUCGAUACUGAAUUGUAAAUUAUGCAACCAAAGUAUCGACGAUUUGAAUUUAUUAAGAACGCAUUUAAUAGACGAACAUAAUUUAAAUUUUGAACUAGAAGAAGACUUAUUAGUACCUUUUAAAAUUGGCGGGGAAUUAUCAUGUCAGCUGUGUAAAGAGAAAUUUACGGUUUUUCGACUUUUAAACAUUCAUAUGAAUAAACAUUUUAGGAAACAGGUCUGCCAUAUUUGUGGCGCGGGUUUCUCGAACCUAGUGUUUUUAAAUUUGCAUAAAACGAGGUCGCAUAAACCUUUGAAGUGUAGGCAGUGCGAUGUUACCUUUGCCAAUAAAGCUGAUAAAAAAAAUCACGAAGUUAAUGUCCAUGGUAUUAAGUUUGAACGUAGAUUACGAUUCCCGUGCCCGUAUUGCUCGGAAAGAUUUUUCCAAGAGAAUUUUCGUGUUUUACACUUAGUUGAAAAGCAUGGUUUGAAAAAACCUGAAUAUAAAUGUGAUAUUUGUUGUAAAGUAUUUGUUACGAAGAGCCUUUGCAAUAAUCAUUUUAGGAAUGUUCACUUGAAGGAAAAGUCGCACGAAUGUGACAUCUGUCAUAACCUAUUUUACACGAAAUCUGACGUUUCCCGCCAUAAAAUUACGCACACUGGGGAGAAAAAGUUUUCCUGCGUAAUGUGCAAUAAUCCUUUUGCCAGUAAGGAUUCUUUAAGACGACAUAUGAAGAGGACUCAUGGGGUACAUUAAAAUAAUAAGGACUAUUAA